GCAAAGGGUGGGGUGGGGUUAAAAGAAAAGGGAGACCCUGCUUGUGGAGCCCGCCUUUUGUCUCUUUGGGAAGAUCCCCCGAUGGCCCCCGAGGCGGAGAAAUGAGGGAGAGGGGAUGCCCGGGAGAACGACCCAAGUAAAAGAUAUUAUUGUUGUUAUUAUUACCGUAUUAUUAUUAUUUAUUCGGACCUUGCAAGAGCAGGGGAGGCGGUUGCACGAGCGAGGACGGGUGUACGUGUGAAUGUGUCUUGGGGUGGGUUGUGUCAGGCUUUUGCACUGCCGCCACUUCCGGCUUUUUGGAGGCACACAUCUCUCCCCCCCCCCUUUCCCAUCGCGCUGAGGAAGGCGGGUGGGAGUGGGAAGUGAGUCAUAAAUAACCGCUGCAAUUAUUGCAUGCCCUGGCAUCAGCUUUAUUUGUGUUUUUUUUUCUCUCUCUCUCCUCCCCUGGUCAGGGUGGGAAAUGAUGGCUCGAGUUGCAAGGUGGAACUUCCCGGCCUUGACGCUACAGCGAUCGCUCCCUCGGGUUAUUUGGUUUUUUAACAGUUUCUUGACACUUCUCUGUGCUGUGUCCUUAAUAGCAGAAGUUCCUGGCAGUGGAUUGUUGUGAAGCCAUAAAAGGAAAGGGAAAAGCAGGCUAGUGCAAAUCCGGAGGGAGAUGAUAGGAGUGUAAAAGAUUUAAGGGACAUGGAAAAUGUUUUCUAAACCGGUCUUUACCUGCUGCUGAAAAGAACCACAGCAAAGGUGCUGGGAAAGCCAAACUGGGGAGGCCAAAACUGACACAAUUGGUGUCACCACUCUCAGUUUAAUAAUAGACUUCUCAGUGCUCAUACAUUGCUUAGGAAUCUUUACAACAACCCUAUAAAGCAGACAUCCCCAAACUCGGCCCUCCAACUGUUUUGGGACUACAACUCCCAUCAUCCCUAGCUAACAGGACCAGUGGUCAGGGAUGAUGGGAAUUGUAGUCCCAAAACAGCUGGAGGGCUGAGUUUGGGGAUGCCUGAAGUAGGUCAUUGACAGUAGGUGCUGACAGCAAAAAGAAUAAAGAUUCUGGCUACCUGAGUGGGAGAGAAUAUAUCAUUCUAAAGGCUCUCUAAUGACUUUUGCAGCUUGUUAUGAGUGAGAUUAAAUAAUCGAGAGCAAAAGUGUAUCUUUAUCCCUGAGUUCGGAAAACUGUUUUGUAGAAGAAGUUAAUGUUAAAAUUGGAGCUUGCUAAAAGGUGGAAUCGAAGCACUCCAGUAUGUUGUUGUUGUUGUUUAGUCGUUUAGUCGUGUCUGACUCUUCGUGACUCUGUAUUAACUGGGAAAAGAAGAACCCAGAAGUUGGUACAAUUAAGGCAAAGUGUGCCGACAUGGGUGCAUGUGUCCCACAGAGACCUUUCAUGGCACCCUUAGGCUUGAAAAGAGCAUUCUGUUGUAGAAUACGUAGAUUGUGGUGUGAACUUGAUUGUGGUGCCCACAACUGUUUCUCCGCUUUGCAAAUGUGUCCUUAAGCUCAGAAAGGUUGUUGACCCCUGAAUUAAAGUAAGAAUUAUGGUAAAUAUCAGAUUAUGUUGGUUUAGUGUUUUCAUAUAAAUUCAACAGAAUACAAGCAAAGGAAUUAGGGCAGUCACAAGUUGAUGCCUGUUGAGUGUAGCUACUAAAUAAGUAGGACUUUACAUGGGAGAAGACAGACAUCUAGAUACUGCACAGCCCCAAACAUGAGUUGUUUAUACUGCAUGCUCUGGCAAAAAAGAAGAAGAAAUAUUUGUGUGCUGAGGCUGUGAUGUUAAUAAAAUAGAGAAUCAUUUUUGUGAGUAGGAUUAUAUAAGCAAAAACAAUGUUUAUAACAUCAUCAGAGCAUCAGAGUUAAAAUAUAUAAACUGGACUUAGCAAAAGAGGAAGCUGGGGGAGAGAAACCUAAGCCAAGAGAAUAGCAGCCAUUUGUCAUCAUACUCAUAUUCCUUUUUUAUUACUUAAAUUAUAUGAUAUCUCUAUAUGGCAUAAUGUAUUUAUGUUUCUGAAUGUAAGACAUUUGGACCUAAUUAGGUAACAAGAAAAUAGUAAAUUACUACAUAUAUAUAUAUUGAUACCUUAUUCUUUUAUUGUUUGUUUAAAAUUAUCUGCAUACUGCUGUUCCUCACUAACAAAACCAGAGUAGGUGUACAAUAAAAGUUUUUUUAAAAAACCAAUAAAAUGUAACCGACAAUGUUUAUGUGAUUUGUAGCUCUUUUCCGUGUUUACAGUUCAUUUCAGUUUGUUUGACUUUAGAUGGCCUUGGGUGCUUGUAAGAAAUUAGUACAGAAAGUUUUGACACUACUGUUACUGUAUUGCUGGUCGUAAAUAGAGCCUACACAUCGAUAAGUGCCAGCUGACAAACCCAAUUUAAGAGUCAUCUGAAGCUUAAUUUGUUUGUAGCAAAAGCUUUAACAGGCAACGCCCUGCUGGUAUAGGAAAGGCAAUAAGUCAGUUCCAGCCCAGUCCUGUGUGCUAAAUCUGCCGUGUUUAGCGCGGUGUCCUCUCAAGUGAGAGUAAAGGAUUUCAGCCCUAAUUUCAAUGCCUUCUGCCUUUGCAUUUAUGCUUGAAGGAAGUGGAUUGCCUAUCCCUGCCAAAAGUUGAAAAACUCUUCUGCUAGGCUCUACAGCAAUAUCAGUGCCCCGAAUCAGUGACCUCUGCUUGGGGGCUUGUGCAGUGGGGUUUAAUGGGCUUUUUCUGUUGUCUGUUGCAGGGGCUGAACGCCUUCCUGAAGACUCUGCUCAAAGCACAGGAGGGGGGGAGGGGAAGUGAGAAGGGGCAUCUAGAGAGAUCAUGGAAGAGAAUGGCGAGGAUGUGUCUUCCUUGGGUAAGGAUCUCUUACGUCUCGUUGGAAUGGUUCUGCAUGUCCCGGUGGUAAGCACAAACCCGUUGGAUCCCAGCAAGGAGCUUGAAACCACCUUCCUCCUCCCUGGGCUUAGGUAGCUAAGCCUAGUGUAUCUACUGAACCUGGUAUCAUGGUUAAGGUUCCUCCUCUUUUACCGUGAUAUGUAGCCGUUUGGUACAGAUCAUGGUUAAAUUACCGUAGCCAGAACAGUAUUAAGCAUAUCCGGUGCCGUGGUGCGAAUAUCCCUCCUGCCCCCCCCCCAGUUCCCAGUGUUUCUCUAGCCCUACAGCUCUGGCUUGGGGCGUUUUUGGUGCCCACAGGCGGCGAGCGGGCUAAUAACUCUGCCGUCCCUCCCAGGAUACUUUUGCCCGCUGGCGGCUGCUGCGCUUUGCCGGGCGGGGAAGGUGGGCAAGGCCCUGGAAGGGGCAGGCUCGGCUGGGCCGGCCAAGGACGGGGGGAGCCCUUCGCUUCCAAACAACCCUGCCGCCUUCUCCUGCCACCUCGGCCAUGGCUUGUUUCUUGCCGCCGCUGCUCCUCCGCCUCGGCAGGCACCCUCGGCCGGGUCCAGCCGCCUUCUCCGUCCGCCGCAGCGGAUAUGCUUAAGUCUUAAGACGGCCCUGGUCCUUCUAAAACGUCGUCUGUCUGGUGCAGCAGCGCAAACAUCAGCUGUCUGGUGCAGCAGCGCCCCUGGUGGCCAGGUGCCCUGGCGCAUUGCGCCCCCUGGCCCAGGCUUAGAGACGGCCCUGACAGCCGUGAUCCCUGGUUGAGCCAACAUGCUAAGCCAACCCUUGGCUUGGUUGUCAUGUUGCACUAAUCUAAAAAGACCAGGGAGCUUCACAUGAUGCAUGAAUGCAGGCACUGUGAAGACUCAGGAGUGCUUAGAUAUGUUUCGAAAUGGUUCCUGUAGUGGACGUGCACCCGAAAAGUGGACCCUAAUAAUUCUAAAUUGCGAUUAGUGGAUCCUUCCACAAAUUCAUGGAGCAUUUGGAAGGAGGAGACACCCCAUGUCAACCGGCAUUGGCAGCUGCUGUCCUGUUGGUGAACUUGCCUCCCCCCGCUGACAGCUUUUCACAAGCCAAUGGGAAGAGAUUUCUCCCAUUUGUUAGCAGAGAGUCAGCCUCUACUGGUCCACAAAAAAGGAGGUUAGAGCUACUUGAGAGUGACUCUGAAACUGCUGUUCCCAGGAGCACAGAGCAAGGUGAGUUGAGAGUGCUUGAAGGCAGCUUUGCAAAUAAGGUCAUACAAGUUACAAGCCCACAACAGUUGGGUUCCCCCCCCCCCUGUGCAUAUCUGUGGCACAUAGAUGAGGGCAAAAGCACACCGAAUCUUAAAGGGUACAGAAGUUUCCUUGUCUGGUUACCUGGAUGAGAUCCUUGCUCUUCAUAGACGAGAAGCCACUGCUGCCUGUUGCCUACUAUGGAAAGCAGCCUGUCUAGUGGGAGGAGUUCCAAAACACCUUGGAAGGAGGAGCUUAAUACCUUGUAGCAUCUGAGUUGGUUUUCAGUCAGCUGAGAUGGCAUUUGCCCACGAUCAAAAGGAUGGUGCUUUUCUGGAUUGAGCAACACUUCAGAGUUUGCUCAGCCAAGUGAACUAUACGGUGACUGCUUCUUAACAGUGAAAUCAGAAUUCCAAUUAUUCAGAACAAACCCUAGCACCAGCUUGUAGUUUUUUAUUUUGGCUUUAAUGGGUAUUUGGUGUAAAAUUUAGAUUCCUAAAAAUCUGUUUCAUCUCGUUUUUGUUUCAAAAAACCACAUUUCCAGCGCUUUUGGUCCCGUGGGAUAGUUGUUACAUUGAUUGCAUUUUCCUCGUGACUUUCACCUUUUCCCACCAGUAUUGCUCAUAAGAGAUCCAGAAGUCUUCACCUCUAAUUUUGCCUAUUUCUCUUUUCUCCCCGAGCGGCCUACAUUUCAACAGAUGGCAGUUACACAGGCCAACUUGCGGGAACAAAGAUGCGAGACGUGUGUCUCUCGUAACGUUUGUGGGAGGUGCACAUGUCUCAGCGGGGGAGUUGCCAGCGUGACCAUAGAGUGCAUUGUACAGAGCGUCCUGCCUCUCUCUAUCCGCACUCUAUCGUUAGGAGCUUCCUUGUUGCACCCCCCCUCCUUCCCGCUAGUGCUCUUUUUACUGCGCCCCAGUUGAGAAAGUUUCCUGCUGCCAUUUUAAAAACAAAUUCCUGCCGCCAAUAUCGGCCGGGUCACCCUCGGAGCACACCAUGUUGUCUGAUACCCUUCCAGAGACGGUGCCGAUGCCGAACCACGGCACAAUGGCAGCUUCUUCGCAGGGCUCUUCGUCUGCCACGAAAUCGAGGCGCCAGCCCGUUUGGACCGACGAGGAAACCCGGGCCUUCAUCCAGGUUUGGGGCGACGACGCUGUGCAGAGUGCCCUGGCGUCCAACUACCGCACGGUCGCGCAGUUCCAGUGGAUCGCGGACGAAAUGCGAGCCCGGGGUUACAACCGGGACUGGGAGCAGUGCCGCGAACGGGCCAAAGUGCUGCGGCGUGGCUUCAAAGAGAUCGUGGACGGCAACAGCAACGCCGGCCACGGGCGCCGAGUGUGGCCGUACUACGAAGAGCUCAACCGGUUCCUCUGCAUCAAGCAAAACCUGGUCGUUCCGCGGCUUUCAGGGAGCAACGCGCGGCCACCGGUGGACCGCCGGCGCCGGGAACACAGGGAGACUCAGGACCCUGCCUACGAACCACCUUCCUCGGUUGGGAAAGGCGACAAAGGGACUUUUGAAGAGCCGGACGGGGACUGCUUGCUCUUGCCAGAGUCAGCUGGGUCGCAGCACAGUGAAGCCAACAUGGAAAACCAAGUGGGGUCUCCGGCAGCCAACUCUGAUAUAUCCAUGGACGGCAGUGGCGGCCCUGGCACUCCGACAGAUCCAUUGCCAUCCAAUGACUCGAUUUCUGCGCCAAACCUGCGCCCUCGACCGCUGACGGCCGCCGAGAGGAUGCGCAACCUCCGUUGCCGGCAGAGGAAGAGGAGGGGGGACACCUUGAAGGAACUGAUGGAAGUCACCUCGCAGGCCACCAGCGAACUUGUCCGGACACUGUCUGACCUCACGCACAAGGAGGUGGCUUCCUUCGAGCGUGCGUACAAGGAGGAUCUCUCGGCCCGCAAAGACGAGAUGGAGCAGAGCGCGGAGGACAUUGGGAGGCUUGUCAGCGCUCUGGAAUCGAGCGAUCAGACGCUGAAGGAGCAGCUGAGCAGCCAGACCAGCGUGUUGCAGGGCAUCCUGGAAGUUAUGAAAGACAUACGGGGCAGAACGUCAUACAGUCCGCCCUACCCUUCGCAGUAUUACGACUUCCCGGGCCCUAGCAUGAUGCAUGCGGGGGCCACCUCCUCAAACGGCCAAGAGAUGCCCUGCCCCUCCCCUUCCAGCCUCGCAUUCGCUUCCCAGCAAUCAGCCACCAGCAAUGGAGACGUCUCUCCCCGGAAGCGAAUGAAAUGAAAACUGCCGCAGCCGAGAGGCCCUUCUCAUUUUAGUCUCAUUGUGGGGCGGGAAAAAAAUCCAUCCCUCCAGCUGUUCGUUCUUCUCGUUACAACAUAUAUAUUGCUUUUCUUAUUGCAUAGUUAGAAUGUGUUUUCACCACAUUUAUACGUGUGUCUCCCCACAGCGUUAACGGUUGUGUGGAAACGGCUGCCAGCAAUGUACAUUUAAAUUUAUUCUUAUUGGGGGGGGGGUGUCCUUUUUUAAAAAAAAGUGUACCUGCAUUUGUUUCCCUUCCAUUUUGUUUCCAGAGGAAUGCAGUGUUUGAUGUACACGUGUACAAGUUUUUUAAACAAAACCAAUAAUAAUAACAAUAAUAAUAAUAAUUACAUUUAACACAUUACCGACUACCUGUAAGAAGGUAAUCUUUUAAAAAAGAAAUAAAGAUGCACUGUUGUUCCAAAUUGUUCAACACGUGUUUUCCGGUAGCAUCUUAAGAUCCCGAGAAUUCUUACGCUGGGUCAGAAAUGGGAGUUCUGUCAAAUUCAGCAUUCUGCCUUUCGAGAAAAGAAGAGUCCGUGGUGGGAUUCUGGUGGCGUCUUUCUCUCCUGUUCUUACCACCCUGCAUAUCUGGUCAAGGUUAAACCAUCUCUAAAAAUGGAGCCUAUGGUUCAUAUCCACCAACAGAAGCAGCAUGCAUGCAUUUACAUAAUCCUUUUUAGACACUGUUUUUGUGCAUCCUCUGGCGAUUUAUUUCAGAGGUUAUAAAAAUGCAUUGUCUUCAGAAGCACCUCUCGUUUUCCUUCAACCCGCUCCCUCCCAAUUGCCACGGGUAGCUCUUUGUUUUGUGUACGUUGAGCAGCCCUGAGGUUUUUCUCCACAGCAGUCGAGGCUUCGGACCUUUUGUGUUCUUCAUCAAACGCCUUUUGUAAGCAGAAAAAUUGCUUGUUUGAGGCACCAAACCAGACAUGGAUAGCAGCAGAACAUCAACAACAGGUGUAGCCUGGUGAUGUUCAAAAGCAAGGAAUUGAGCAGGGCGUGGUUUGCAAAGCAAGAGACGUGAAGAUCUGAGAAGCGGAACCUCUCCUAUGUUUGCCACUUAGCUCUUCCAAAUACUUAUCUUCCAGCCACUCCCACCGGGCAGGGAGAGGAUUUCGCAAUCCUCAACCACACACCGCUAUUGUUCCAUCAUCGGUAAUUUUCCACACCGCUUUGCAUCCAAAGGACAUUAGGCUCAUAAGGCUGUAGUUUCCUGGAUUUUGGCUCAAGGAUGCCUAUGUUCCAUUGAACCAUAGAGUUCGAAGGGACCCCAAGUGUCAUCUAUUCCAACCCCCUGCAAUGCAGGAAACUCAGCUAAAGCAUCCAUGACGGGUGGCCAUCCAAUCUCUGCUUAAAAACUUCCAAGGAAGGAGAGUCCACCACCUUUCGUGGGAGUCUGUUCCACUGUUGAACUGUGCUUACCGUCAGAAAGUUCUUCCUGAAGUUUGCUCAGAAUCUCCUUUCUUGCAACUUGAAGCUAUUGGUUCGAGUCCUACCCUCCAGAGUGGGAGAAAACAAGCAUGCUCUGUCAUUCAUGUGACAGCCCUUAAGAUAUUUGAAGAUGGCUAUCAUAUCUCCUCUCAGUCUCCUCUUUUCCAGGCUAAACAUUCCCAGCUCCUUUAAGAGCUCCUAAUAAGGCUUAGUUUCUAGACCUUUGACCAUCUUGGUCACCCUCCUCUGCUCACGUUCCAGCUUUUCGACAUCCUUCUUAAAUUGUGGUGCCCAGAAUUGGACACAGUAUUCCAAGUGUGGUCUGACUAAGGCAGAAUAGAGCGGUACUAUGACUUCCCCUGAUCUGGACACUAUACGUCUGUUGAUACAGCCUAGAAUAGCAUUAGCUUUUUUUUUUCCUGCUACAUCACAUUGUUGUCUCAUGUUAAGUUUGUGGCCCACCAAGACCCCUAGAUCCUUUUCACAUGUACUGCUAGUAAGCCAGGUGUCCCCCAUCCUAUAUUUGUGCAUCUGGUUCUUCCUACCUAAGUGCAGAACCUUACAUUUGUCCCUAUUGAAAUUCAUUUUGUUAGCUUGCAGUUCCAGUUCUCCAAUAUGUUACGGUCAUUUUGAAUUCUGAUUCUGUGGCAUUAGCAACCUCUCCCAGCUUGGUGUCAUUUGCUAUUUUGAUGAGCAUCUCCUCAAUUCCUUCAAGUCAUUCAUAAAGAUGUUAAACAACAAGGGACCCAGAACAGAACACUGUGGCACCCCACUUGUUGCUAUUUUCCAGGAUGACGAGGAAUGAGUACUCUUUGGGUUCAGUCAGUCAAGCAGCUACAAAUCCACCUAACAGUUACCUCAUUCAACCCACAUUUUACCAGCUUCCUCGCAAGAAUAUCAUGGGGAAUUGGUCAAAAGCUUUCCUGAAAUCAAGAUACACUAUAUGUCCACAGCAUUUCCCUGGUCUACCAAGUUUGUAAUUGCAUCAGAUACCAUAUUGGUCUGGCAUGACUUGUUUUUGUGAAACCCAUGCUGGGGGUCUUAGUAAUCGCAGCAUCCUUUUCUAAACGCUCGCAGACCAACUGUUGAAUUAACUGUUCUAGGCCCUUCCCUGGUAUUGAUGUCAGGCUCACCGGUCGGUAGUUACCUAAGUCUCUCCCCCCCCCCUUUUGAAGACGGAGACAACAUUUGCCUGCCUCAAGUCUCUAGGGACCUCACCUGUUCUCCAAAAAUUCCCAAAGAUAAUAGACAAAGGCUCUGAAAUUACACCCACAAGCUCCUUUAAUACCCCUGGGUGUAGUUCAUCAGGCCCCUGGAAACUUGAAUUCAUUUUAAGUAGCUAGGUGUUCCCUUACUACCUCUUUCCCUAUCUUGGGCUGCAGCUCCCUCCUCGCAUCAUUUAUUUCAUAGAAUCAUAGAGUUGGAAGAUACCACAAGGGCCAUCCAGUCCAACCCCCUGCCAAGCAGGAAACACCAUCAAAGCAUUCAUGACAUAUGCCUCUCAAGCCUCUGCUUAAAGACCUCCAAAGAAGGAGACUCCACUACACUCCUUGGUAGCAAAUUCCACUGCCGAACAGCUCUUACUGUCAGGAUACUGUCAGGUGAUUUCGUUAUCACCAGGUUGGGCAUCGCUUUCCUUUUGGGUGAAGACAGAGGCAAAGCAGGUGUUGAGUAGUUCCUUUGCCUUUUCUCUGUCGCCCAAUAGCAUUUCUCUCUGUUCCCCACGCAGAGGACCUACCACUUGCUUGUUUUUCCUCUUACUUCGGACAUAGCCGAAGAAACCUUUUAUUAUUAUUUUUAACCUCUCUUGCAAGCCUGAGCUCACUCUGAGCUCUAGCCAGCCUGGCUUUCCCCCUGUAACUGUUGGCUACUCAUGUAUACUACUCCUUUGUGAUUUCCCCUUUCUUUCAUUUCUUAUAGAUGCCAUUCCUAACUUUCAGCUCAUCUGUAAGCUCCUUUUGCAGCCACACCAGUUUCCUUAGAUGCCUCCCACUUUUCUUUCUUGUUGGUAUUGUCUGCAUUCAAUAUUUCUCCUUUUAGAAACUCCCAUCCUUCUCGGACUCUCUUCUCAUUCAGUAUUUCUGACCACGGUAUUUCUGAUCCAGUAACUCCUUCAGCUUUUCGAAAUUGGCCUUCUUAAAGUCUAGAGUGCGAGUCCAACUACACUCAGUUUCCCCUUGCCUCUGCAUCCUGAAACCCAGGAGAACAUGAUCACUUCCUCCCACGUUUCCAAGCACUUCCGUUUCAUCCAUCAGUUCCUCCAUAUUGGUGAGGACCAGAUCCACGAUAGAUGAUCCCCUUGUUGGCUCUUCCACCUUCUGGGAAAUGAAAUUGUCAGCGAUGCAGUGGAGGAAUUUGUCAGACCUUACACUCUUAGCAGAGUUUGAGUCCCAACAGAUAUCGGGGAAGUUGAAAGUCCCCCAUGAUUACUAUUUCUUUCCUUUUUGAAUGCUUGGUAAUUGCUCUAGUAAGGCAUCAUCCAAGUCUUCAGUCUGGCCUGGCGGUUUAUAGCAGACACCCACAGUAAGGUCACCGUUUUUUCCUCUCCCCUACAAUUUUUACUCAUUUUCGGUUAAAAUUGCUUUUAAAAAUUACCUUUUUUUUCUACAAUUUUUACAAUUUUGAUCAUUGUUCCACCAGGUUGUGGUUUUGUUUCCUAUUUAAUGCCUAUUUUGUCCACUGCCUCCCAAUACUGUUUCCUGUUUUACUCACUCUUACUCUGCAAUCCUGUGCACACUUAGCUGGGAUUAAGCCCUGCUGAAUAUAGCAAGUAAACAAGCCUUGGAUCGUACUGUUAAAUCUUCCAGUAUUUGCAUCAGUGCUCCUGUUGCGAGGAGGUCUUCCCUCCUGCAGCACGACGAGCUGCUCAAAUGAACUGUACCACUUCAGGCUGCAGAUGGGAGACCAUGUGUUUGGGGGUGCUGGUGUUUUUAAUGUUCUACAUAAAAAGUUCCCUUCAAGUAGAAAACUAGCACAGCAGGUGAGAGGCUUGGCUAGAACAUCCAUCCCUGAUGUGCUAUGUGUUUUAAUUUGGGGGAGUGUGUUACGCAGAUAGGGUAGGUAGAGCAUUUAAAAAACAACAACCCUGUAUAAUCCCAGCUGCAAUCUGAAGUGGGUGGGCUUCAGUAUUCUACCACCUCUUCUGCAUGUGUAACUAAUGCUAUGAGUUUUCUGGACAAUUUGAACUGGAAAAUGAUUGUAUGCAAAAUAGGGUAAUUUAGAGCCGGGUUGGGAAAGCUUUGGCCCUGGAGCUGUUGCUGUGCCGCAAUCCCCAUCAACCCCAACUUUUGUCAGGCUGGCCCAAUAAUUGUAUUUGAUAUACAUGCACAGUUGUGAACAGAAAUUUUUCUAUAGGAGGGGCAAAGAAAAGACCCGGAAAACACAUGACUCGGAAAACACAUGUGUGGGGCCUUACAACACAAAGCUCUGUAUGUUUACUCAGAAGGAAGUUCCUUUGAAUUCACUGGUACUUAAUUUCCAAUUUAAACAUAUAUAGGACUGUAGUUUGCUGCUGACACAGCUGACCUGCUCUAACUACUACACAUACAGCAGAGUGAAAAAGUUAAGAUGAUGUGAUUCUGGACUGUACGACUAGAGAGCCUUUUUCAACCCCCCCCCCCCAUGUUGGGUGUUGUUUUCAAAAAUGUUCCCUGAAAGCUUUUUGGUUUUUUUUAAGUACAUCCCCGAGGAUGCUAAAAUUUUCUCCUAGAUGGCUAAUCUAUGGGAGCUUUCAAUAAUUAAAUGUAAAAUGUUUUAAAUACA